ACCCGUUUAAUUCGUGUCGGAUUAUAAUCCCUGAAAACCACAACCCGUUUCAACCUUCAACUGUCGGAUUCACUUCCUUGCAUACCCGAAUUACCACACAAACAGUCGAAAAACAAUUCAAAAAGAACCCCAAAAGCAAGUUUCCUUGCAACGUCCAACAACACAACUGAAGAAGACGAAGACCGACACGCAAAUUCUGUAGGAUGGAUGAUUAUACCCGAGAAAUGAUGGACCUCAAGACCCUUGUGACUCGAACCCUAGAAAAGAAAGGGGUUCUCGCCAAGAUCCGAGCCGAGCUCAGAGCAAGCGUAUUUGAGGCAAUCGAGGAAGAGGACAAGGCAAUUGAAAAAGAUGAAGGCCUGCCUCCUGCACUGCUGGGUAGCUGCAAUGAUCACGCAAAACAACUUCAUGCUUCCCCUUCAGGCCGGCUUCUAACUGCACUAGUAUGUGAAUACUUGGAUUGGGCACAGCUUGGCCACACGCUAAAAGUGUAUUUGCCGGAAUGUAAUUUGCAAAAGGAUGCGUGGAAAGCCGAGUUAAGAGAUUUCAGCAAUAAGAAUGGAUAUGAUAUAAACAGGAAUGGAGACAGCGGUCCGUUGCUGUUGGAUGUACUUGAAGGGUUCUUGAAAUUUGAGAAUCAAUCUCAAGGAAGAGGUAGUGGAAAUCCAGAUUCUCGAAAUCGAAGGGCAUCUCCGUCAUCUGUUGCUGGGGGAUUACCUCCUUUGGGAAGACAAGGUCCUGGUUCCCAAUCAUCUGAUCGAAGAGGAGGGUCCUCAAACUCUAGCUACAGGAAAGAUGAUUACAGUUGGAGAAAUGAAAAUGAUGAUAUAUCGGAGGAUAUUACUAGUGCCUCCACUGCCUUGGAAAAUCUUCAGUUGGAUAGAAAGGCCCGGAAUUUGACCAGCUCUUGGCGGCAUGGUGGGGACGUGAAGAGCGAAGAUAUGGCAGGGUAGACGACAACGACACCAAGUUCGUGUAGUUUGUAGUCGAUGACUAAUAGUAUGUCUUUCUUCGUUUAUGAGAAAGCCGUUUCAUAAAGAACGAAUGUUCAUGCGAUGUUUCCUCAGACUUCCGAUAUCUUUUUUGCCCUUCGUUUUGAAGGCUGGAUAUGAUGUAGCAUGAAAACAAGUUGUGUGAUUUUACUACCAUUCUUGUAAACUGUAAAGUUAAAUGCAUGCAUGUGAGUUUUACUGGGUUUGUUUGA